CCUGAAUGAUCAGCACCAGUAGGAAUAGGUUAUAGCCAUCACUGUCUUUUACGCCAUAAGGAUCAUCACUUGUGAGAUCUAUGAGGGUGCUUGACCACUGAUACAGUACAUUUAGUACAUAACAGUAUACUUAAAGCAGGGCAGUAUACCUGUAGUAGUAGACGUCGCUCUUGCCGGCACUCAAACCGGACUUCCUGAUCACUUCUUCCUUCUUCCAGCCGGGCGGCAGAGCAGGACAGUCGGACCUCCUCUUCUCCAUCAGCGCUGUCUUGUGGAUCCCAGGAUUCAGCCGUAGUCAACUGACCCGGAUUGUGGAACAUGAAGCCUGACUUCCUAUCCAGGAUCUUCGGUCCCACGAAGGAGGAAACGGACCCAGAGACUAUCAUACGUGUAGCCCUGGUGUUGGAGCCCAUCCAGUGGGAGGUGAAAAAGGGUGUCGGAAGCAGCGGAUGGGAUGGAGUUACCGGAGGAGUGUCCCUCCGACAAGCUGUUCAUGCCCAAGGAGUUAAGAUCUGAAGUGCUGCAAAGGGGACACUCCUCCAGGGUGGCCUGUCAGCUGGGGAUUAGACGCACACUAUUGGCGGUGGCACAGAGAUUUUGGUGGCCCUCCAUGGCGGCGGAUGUUAAGGAGUUCCUCGUGGCCUGCUCUGUUUGCACCAGAAGCAAGUCCUCCCAUCAUCCUCCUGCUGGUCUGCUGCAACCGCUUCCCAUCCCGUCCCGCCCCUGGUCUCACAUCGUCUUAGACCAAGAGGUCCCCAAUUCGCUUCUUGGGUGUGGAAAUGCUUCUGCAAGGUGUUAGGGGCGUCAGCCAGCCUUUCUUCAGGCUACCACCCGCAGACCAAUGACCAGACAGAGCAGGCCAAACAGGACCUAGAGGCGGCGCUACACUGUAUGCGACACCCUACAUCGUGGGACUCAUACCUUCCCUGGGUGGAGUACACCCACAACACUCUCGUCAGCUCGACUACAGGUAUGUCCCCGUUCAAGGUUGCCUAUGGGUAUCAAACCCCAUUGUUUCCCUCACAGGAGGCUGACGUGUCGGUGCCGUCCGACCAAGUCCAUCUUCGACGUGCCCAUAGAAUAUGGUGGGAAACACGAGCCACGCUCACCCAGAUGGCGAAACGUAAUCAACGUAUGGCAGACUGCCACAGGAUCCCUGCACCAGUCUACCGAGCCAGCCAGGAGGUGUGGCUGUCUUCCAGGGACUUACCUUUUGGCCAUAACUAGUCAGAAGCUCGCUCCGAGGUUCGUGGGGCCGUACAUUAUCAACUUUAUCAUCAGUUCCUCCUCCGUCAGAUUCAAGCUGCCACCAUCACUCAAGCAUGGACUCGACCAGCCCUGGGAGUGACGUCAUAUCUCCGGAGUCAACAGUGACAACGUUGCUGUCGAGCUCGGGACACCUUAGAAGCAGUCUGCUGAUGCCCGACCACAACAUGACCUUCAGAUACCAAGAUAAGGAGUAUGACUCAGCUUCAGCUGCGUUGGAGGCCUAUAUUGCUGACUUCGACAAAAGUCAAAACAGCAAGUCAUGGAUGGGAAGGCUGCUCAUUCCACAGAGUCCGUUGUGCACCCCAAGAAGACCCAGAAUGAGCACAUUCAGAAACAAAUCUGUUCUCAGGGAGCGUUUAACUGAGAGAGAAGUGGAUUUCCUGACCCUCCCUGUCAGUUCCCUCCGUCACCGUGACAACCAAGACAGACUCUCAAUGACAACUGAUGAGCUGCUGUCUAUUCCCCGCGAUGGCUCCAUGCCGAUCACCCACACAACCGCAUUCAUCCAAGGUUCGGGUGUCCUGUCUCAAUCUGGCAAGUCAAAGUCUCAUGCCUCAUCCAGACCAGAAGGCCGAGCAGGAGAUGACCUGUCCCACUCGCAUUUAAGCAGGAAUAGCAGAAGCUGCAGCAGGUGCAAUAAAGAAGAUGUCCCCUUUAUCAGAUGCCUAACGUGUGCGCACAGAGCAGGAAGGGAGGCAGAGAUGUCCGCAUCGCUUCAUUUGCCUGGCAGCGUCACUGGGAUCAAGGCAGACAUGGACCACACUCCAGUCAUCUGUGUGCCAGAACUGAAGUACCCAGCACGGAUCCAGUACUGUGACCUUCGUGAGCCACCGCCCCCAUCAGAGGAUGACAGCCAGACGAGUCUCAGAAAUCUCCGGCUUCAGUUUGCUGAACAGAUAUCAUUGCUUGCCUCUGAGAGAAAAAACCCAAACUCCACAGAGUCUUUGUUAAGAGGUAACCGCCUCGAGUCUUUGAUCCAGAAAGCGGAUCAAGUGGUGAACUUUCUGUCUCAGAGUUUUGGAGCAACGGAAAGUCUUGCAGAUGCUGUGUGUCAUGAAUGUGUAGAAAUUGCUCGCAUUGAUCCUGUGAGUCCAGUGAAUGGUGAAGAGCUGCAGGUCUGUUCAUCUUCAUGCUGUCCCCUGCUCCCGAUGGGGUCAGAAAGGGCAGCUGAGGGUGUCCCUGAGGAAAUCCAUCAGACUCAUGGUGGCAGUCACCAUGGUAGCAGCAUCAGUCAGCAGCCUGGUGCAUUGGAGGCUCUUAAACAGAUGAUGUUCAGACUGCAGGCUGUGGAGGCAGCGCUUCAGAAACAUCAGCAGCCACCAGCUGCCUCAGCCUCUACAGACUGGUUGCAGGGUGAGGAAGCUCCAAAGAGGCCUGACAGUGAAGCAGAGCAGAGUUUAUCUGGUGGGCUGUCACUACAAAGGGCUCUGCAUCACCUGAGUCGACUAAAGCUGCUCUUGGAGAAGCCAAAAGGAAAACAGGAUGAAGAUGAAGGAUGGCACUGUUCUUUAUCUAAUGAGAGACUGCUAUGCACUCAGCAGCACCCUCAUUGAAGGUGGUAGGUUUGGCCUGUGGAGAACCUUCUACUGAAAACAUUAUCAGCGAAGUGGUACAUACAGGCUUUACAUUAUAUGUGUAUUAUCAAGUAUUCAUAAAUUAUUACCCAUUGAUGAAUGAUAUCUUUUUUCUGCAAAAACGGCCUGUUUUUUGGAAAAAUUUGAUUUAUAUUAAAAAGUCCACAAAAUCCACAAUUUUGCAGGAGCGCGAAUGUGUGGGGAUCCACUGCAUUCAUUUUCAACAUAAGCAAUUUUCUUUCAUGGCUUGUGUCAGCUUUUUAAACAUAAAUACACAGAAUUAUGUGCAUUUUAGAGCACAUCAUGAGGGAAAUAAUGAUAUGACAUGAUAAAAUGUAAAAUAUGAAUUGACGUGAAAGAUGUGUGAUGUUCCAUUUUUCAUGAGAAAUGUAUUGUUAACCUUUUUGUGCAGCACAAAAGUACUUUGAAUUGAAUCAAAGAACAUAUAUUCAUUCAAAAUCAUUGAACUUUGUUGAGUGUUUUAUUAGAAUUUUUGCUAUUGUGACGGAUACAUCACGUCAGGCUGUAUUCAUAGAUGUUUUUAAGGCCAAAAGCCGGAUAGUGGUAUUUUCCUAGCUUGUUUUCCAUGAAGUAAUUGAAGCAAUAUAGAAAGAAGAGUUGAAUUUUAAUAUUUGACGCCUUAUUAAAGCAUUACCAUUGUGAAAUAAAUGUAAAAUGAGCAUUUAUGUGAAAUAUAUAUUUUGCCAUAAAAGCUCAUUUUAAAAAUAUACAUAAACUGCUAAAAAUAAAAUAAAGGGAACACUUAAUCACAAUCACAAAUCAAACUGUCCACUUAGGAAGCAACACAGAUUGACAAUUUCAAAUGCUGUUGUGCAAAUGGAAUAGACAACAGGUGGACAGCAAGACACCCCCAGUAAUAAUAAUAAAUAAUACAUUUGAUUUCCAUUGAUUUUUGUGUGAUUUUGUUGUCAGCACAGUCAACUAUGUAAAGAACAAAGUAUUUAAUAAGGAUAUGUCAUUAAUUCAGAUCGAGGUUGUGUCCUUUUAGUGUUUAUUUUUUUGAGCAGUAACUUUGCUGUUACUUUUCUUCCCCUGUGUAGUGAUCUCCUAACUAUAGCACAGAGGCUGAACUCAAUGGUGCCGUCUUAUUGCACAAACUUUAUUGGCCCCAAAC